AUGAAGGCUUUCACCAUUAUCCUUGGCCUGGCUAUCGCCUCUUCGGCCAACGCGAUCGCCGUUGACGGCAGAGUCCUCGAACAAGGCUUCACUGAGCGCGCUUGCGGCACUACUGGCGCUCCUUGCACUAGCGGCGACGAUUGCUGCACCUACUGCGACCCAUACUCCGGCUGGACAUGUACCGAUGUGACAUCCAGCUGUGUGGAGAAGGGCACCUUCUCUCCCUACGGUGCGGGCAGCUGCUGCAGUAAAAAGGCUGAUAGCAAUGGCAACUGUCUUUAA